ACUCUAACCGUCUCACUAUAGCAACAAUAAGACAAAAACACCAUGGGCAUAGGCUAUUUAAAGCGGUGGACAGACCGGAAUUUCAUCUUUGUGAGGAUGCCUGACAAACGCCUGAGAAGAGACAGAGAAAUGCUACAUACCGUGGACUAAUUGACAUUAGCAGCAGCCAUGACUUGCUUGGCCCCUGAGGUUCUAUGGAGGUUGAUGGAGCUCCAUGACUCUGUGUCUCUGUGCCUGAUGGAAAGCAGGGUCCGGCAGAAGACUCUGGCCAGGCAUGCUCAGGAACAGGGUCUGGGACAGGGGGGGCCACAGUGCUCCUCCCCUCUGGACGAGCAUAAUCUGCUACAUGCCUCCUGGAACGGCUGUCUGGAGCAGGUCAGAACGCUUCUGAUCUGCGGUGUGAAGGCUGACUCCAGAGACACCCAAGGCUGGACACCCCUCCACCACGUCUCGUUCCGAGGUCACCUUCCUCUGGUCAAGCUACUGCUUCAGUCAGGCCAGGUGGAGGUCAACUGCCGGGACUUCUUCAACUGCACCCCUCUCCACCGCUCCUGCUGGGCCGGGCACGAUGAGAUCGCCCACUACCUCCUCCAGAGAGGCGCCUCUCCGGUCAUGCGCUCCAGCUCGGGGCAGACGCCCCUGCACCUGGCGGCCGCCAACGGCCACUCAGCCACGGCCCGGCUCCUGCUGCAGCGGGGGGCCCUCCUGGAGGCCCGGGACUUCUACCGGUGGACGCCCCUGCACUGGGCAGCGAUCGGGGGAUGGGCUGAGGUGUCAGGCCUACUGCUGGAUAACGGGGCAGGCGUGGAGGGGGGUAAAGGUGGCGGGGCCAGUCCUCUGCAGCUGGCGGUGUGGGCAGGGAGCGAGGAGAGUGUGAAGUUCCUCUUACAUCGCGGGGCGAGCGCUAACACCGCCGGUCCAAGUGGACGCACAGCCCUGCACCUGUGUGCCUGCACUGGGGACACAAAGAUCCUUAAGCAGCUUCUGGCAGCGGGUGCCCUGGUGGAUGUCACUGACGGCAGCCUGGCCUCGCCUCUCCACCUGGCGGUCCGCAGUGGUUGGCAGGAUGUUGUGCAGCUGCUGAUCUUGAGCGGUGCUCCUCUGGAGAAGCGGGACUGCCUUCUGAUGACCCCACUGCAUUGCGCCGCCCUUGGGGACAAGGAGGACACCGCACGACUGCUAUUGCACUACGGGGCCGAGGUUGACGCCACAGAGAGACUAGGCCGCACUCCACUUCAUCUGGCUGCAGAGAGAGGCCACUGCAAGGUCUUAACAGUGCUCCUGGAGAGAGGUGCAGACUCCAUGCUGAGAACACAGUGGCUAGAAACAGCAAAGGACAUAGCCCAAGAGCAUGGUCAGCUCAGAGUUUUACAAAUUCUCCAGGAACAUCAAACUACUCCAAAAAUAAACAGAGAAAACACUAUUCAGACUGAGUUGUAGUUGACUGCUAGACAUUGGAGGAGCAAUAAAUUACAAAGGCCUAAUUAAAGCCUACUCUAUGGUUUCCUACAUUCACUUUGGUAGCCGUCCGGCUUCUAUCUGACUGUAGGCUACUACUCAUAUCAAAAUACACAUCUCUUGAAUUACUUUUUAAUGAACUUGAUUUGGAGCAAUGUAAAGAUGUUCAGGUUAGAAUAUAGGCCUAGCCGAUGAACAGCACAAAUGUGAUUCUGAUAAUUCUCCAAUGAAUCAAUCAACCAUAAAACGGCCAACAUGAACAUGUAAAUGUCAUGACACAACGUGUAACCGCUGCUGACUGUAGGCCUACUUGAGAAAA